AAUCCACAAGGGGUUCCUUCUCGCGUUGGCGUCGUAGGUUGACGUGGUUCACCCACUGGCGAAACAAAAAGGGAAUAUCAAAUUCUUUUUGGAGAGCGGUGAUCCAGUCAUUCCAUUGUGUUAGCUUAGUGCCCUCGGUUUUAUGCCAUUCCAAUGCGCGUCCUCGAAGUCUUGAUAUAGCAGAGCUGAGCGUUGCGUUGUCGCUCCAUCCGGACCUCUCUCGUAAGGACUGCACAGCGGAAUGCCAGUCUUUGAAACAGUCGGCGUCGUUCCCGUAGUAGAGUGGUAGCGUAGACGUCAAGUCUGGCAUCGUAGUUACCUGCAGUGCGGUUGCGUGUUGCUGUUCGAGAAGUUUGGUGAUCGAGCUCAAUGCAGUUGCCAGCAUGUUGAUGACGGUGGGGUCGUUAGGGCUAGCGUUGGGUGUGGCCCCAAAAGGUUCCAGAAGAGGCGGUGUCGUAGUGGAGGUAGCGGUUGUAGCGGUGGUGGCAGUGGCCGAUACGGUUUUCCUCGUCGCCAUGUCGGAUAAAAAUGGAAUCGGAAUCGGAAAUAGGAAGAAGAAAAAAACGAAACUUUAAUACGUAAGACAAACGUCUGACAUUGCCAAAGGUGUAGCGUCGAAUGCCUCCGACGGAACUCUCUGUUUUCCCCGCCCGUCUCGGCCGUCUCGGGUAUCGUGCCCUCCUCGCUCUCGUGCGCGCGUACUUUGACCGCUGCGCUAACACGCUAACAAAACACUGGACGCGAGAUGAAGAAGAAAUACACAAGACAGGUGCUUAGUGUCUUCUCUGUCUUGCUUCAAGUGUUCUCUGCACUAAGUCCUUCAAAAGUCAUGUACCAACUAGCCCAACAGUCCAUGCAAGUUUGGCAAUGGCAGAGCUUCCCAGCAAGCCCAGGUAUUUCAGCACCACCUGGAGAAGUCAGUACCGGUGGCACAGUUCACGCAAAUGGACCCCUGGCAGUUCCAACCCGGUACACCUCCGCAAGGCCGGAACAUAUUCCUUACAAUUUGCUGCUUGAAUCUCUCAUCGAACAGCUAUGCAACUUUUAUGAACCAAAUCCUGACAGGAGAAGGCAGCUUUUCAAAGGAAUAUGUCAACGGUUGGGACAGUACCAUCUUUUCGAACAUUUUCCAAAUAUACAAGAGCUGUACCACCUAAGAUUCAAAUUUCGGCACGCCUUUUCUCGUCUGGUGAUUGAGGUCAAAACAUCACUGCCAAAUUCUGCUAUACUGGAUGAGGAGCACAAAAGUCUGGUUCCGUACAGCACCUCCCUGGCCAAUGGGCAGUCCCCAUUUCGCUUGUCUGACCCUGUAGGAGACCUUGCACUUAUCCAUCUUGACGAAGUAACGUGCCAACAGAAUCGAUGUCAGUAUGACUUCGAAGAAAUAGAGAAAAUAGCAGAAGGAGGCUUUGGAAUUGUUUGCAAGGCAAAGAAACGAGUAGAUAGCUGUGUCUACGCCAUAAAGAUGAUUCCAUUCAAGUACUCAAACCGGGACCUUCUUCAACGGAUAUUGAAAGAAGUGGAGUUAUUAGCACAACUAUGUCAUCCUAAUAUUGUUGCCUAUAAGACUGCCUGGAUAGAAAACCAGGUGCCCAUUAUUGCUGUACAGAGGAAUUCUUCGGAAAACACCUCAUCUGACACAUCAAGUGCUGCCAGCUGCAUUAACAAGGGUACUGCAGAAGAUCUUUCAUGCUCUUGUCCCAAUGGGAAUACACACCUGAGUAAAAAAUCUGGAAGCUUUUCCAGAUGUGCAUGUGUUAAUGGUGUUCGUGUGGAAGAAAGUUAUAUAGUGUUUCAAGAGGCAAGUCAGACUACAACUAGCGCUACUGUAGAGUGUAUCAGUUGCACUGCCCCUCUGACUGCAAGUGGUUCUGUCAGAAAUGCUAGAACUAAUUCCAAGAGUGAUUGUGGUGUUCCUAAAGUUCAACAAGACAAUGGAAAAGCAUCAAGCAAUGGUUCAAACUGUCACCUACAACCUGUCAUGCCAGCUAAAGACUUGUUAUUUCAACUGCUUACUGAGGCUAAGGUUGGUGCCACACUAUUUAUCCAAAUGGAGCUCUGUUCAGGAAAUCUUGCUGACUGGAUUUCUGCACGAAAUAUGAGGUUGUCAUCGUCACCUGACAGUACAUAUAUUGAUGACGCCCUCAAUAUAUUUAAGCAAAUUCUGAAAGGUGUCCAAUACAUUCACGCAGAAGGCGUUAUUCACAGAGAUUUGAAGCCACACAACAUCAUGUUUGAUGGAAAAGGUUCCCGAGUGAAGAUAGGCGAUUUUGGGUUGGCCACAAUGAGUAACAUAGACAGAGGCUCAGACCCACAUCGACACCCAUGGAUUCGAGCAAGAUUGCACACCCAGGGCGUAGGGACCGAUCUAUAUGCUGCACCUGAACAGAGGGAUGGUGGUCUCUAUGAUUCCAAGGCUGACAUCUUCAGCUUGGGUAUCAUCCUGACAGAGCUGGUACAUCCGUUCACAACUGGUCACGAGAGAAUCACCACACUGAAGCUGCUGCGUGAUGGAUUUGUACCAGUUCCUGUUGCUUUGAAAUGCCAAGAAGUGGCGAAUAUGAUACUUCGCAUGUGCAAAAGAGAUCCUGUACAAAGACCAACUGCUGCGGAAAUUCUCAUGUCUACCCUUUUCAAGACCAAGGAUGAGUUGCUCACCUCGCUGCGAGGAGAUUUACUCAGAAAGGAACAGGAGGUUACUGAGUUAAAUGUGUUGCUCAAGAAGAAGUGUGCAGAGCUGGAGUGGUACCAAGCCAACUGUCACUGCAGGGCACAGUGGUGACAUGGACUAGUCUGAUCAGUAUUUCAGCAUAGGUGUACAUAGUUUAUUUUUUGAAGGAAUAAAACGUUUUGUUGUUGUUUU